AUGUGCCGGAUGGCUGGCAAGAGAGACGGCCACCCAUCUCCCGAUGGCGAAUCCCAUCGGAACCAAAAGGGUCUGUUCCGAUCCAGUUCGCCCACGGCUAUCCACACUAGCGAGAAGCGUGGACCAGACCGACUACCAACUAAAGUAGACCAAGACCACGCCGCUGGGACAUCACACUGGUGUGUGCACGGCAAGCAGCGCCUUCGACGCCCGUGUAUCCCGUCUGAGAAUCUCGUACACGAAUGGAAGCCAACAUCUACGGGCUGUAUGGAGUACAUAGACGCACACACCAUGCUGGAGGAUGCUCCCGGUGAGUUCUUCCCUUUUGCGGAACAGUGA